AUGGGAUUCAUGCAUUGGGAAUUUAUUGAGAUUCUUAGCUAUGCAAUGGUUAUAACUAUAAGAGCUCUUGAUUUUGUGUAUUUUAUGUGUGGAAAGAGGCAUUUUGCUGGUGACUCUGUUCUAUUUAUCAGGGAUGAAAAGCAACAGCUACUUCUCGGUAUUAGACGAGCUUACAGGCAACCUACGAACCUAUCAUCAUCUGUAUUGUCAAGUGACAGUAUGCAUAUUGGAAUUUUGGCAGCUGCCACUCACGCUGCAGCCAACAAUAGUCCCUUCACUGUGUUCUACAAUCCUAGUGCUAGUCCAUCAGAAUUUGUUAUUCCUUUAGCCAAGUACUAUAAGACAGUCUGGACAAAAGAAUAUGGCAUUGGUUUAUGCUUAGAUUUUCUUGAAUCUAAAUUAACAUGUUGCCUUCUAAAAUUCAAGAAUGUUGGUUGGGACGAAUCAAUUGCUGGGGAAAGGCGUAAUAGGGUCUCAAUCUGGGAGAUUGAACCUGUUACAGCUCCAUUUUUAAUAUUCCCCCUCCAUUUUUCAGAUCAAAAUGUCCCAGACAACUGGGAAUGCCAGGAGUUGGUGAGUGAUGUUGCACACUAA